UCCGGGCAGUGAGCGGGGCCGUUGGCUGCUCAUCCCACAGCUCAGCCCCGGUCCUGGCCGUAUCUGCUGCCUUUGAGCCCGUCCUGCUGAGUCGGGCAGAACCUUCCGCCUUCCCUGACAUUGGGUUGAGCGCGGGUGGAAGGUGCCGAGAUGAGCUCGGUGAUACGCCCCGGCACGGGGGGAAGCUGCAGCCGGUGGGAAGAUGCUCGUCGGGGCUGCGGCUCCUGCUCCCACUACCGGCAGAACCUGGGGUCUGGGUUGGACCCAGCGCAACCCCCGCAGCCUCACUGCCCACACUGCGCUGAGCCCCAGAGCGCAACGUGGGCAGCUGCAGAGCGAGUCAAAGCAGCAGGCGGGGUCCAGGCUGCGUCUGUGCCCGUUGUGCCAUGGGCCGAGGCUGGCAGCAGGGCUCGGGACGGCUGCAGCCCAGCCCAGAACAUGGGAAAUGCUUCCCCCGCUGCUCAGUCGAGUCCCCCUCACAGCACUGCAGCCAAGGGCUGGGGGGAGCUUGCAAAAUGGGGCUGGGGAGCAGUGGGUGCUGGCAGACUGCCCCGGCUGUGCAAGGAGUGGCCGGCUGAGAUCACCGGGUGUCACCCUGGCAGAGGCUCCUGCUGCCGGCUGCAGCUCCAGGGCUGUGACAACAAAGUGCAGAAUGGGGCUGUGACUUUGUGCCGCAGCCUCGUGGGCUCCCGGUACCGCUGAAGGGCUCCCAAGUGCCAGGAGGGUGGCGGCUGCCUCAGCCUGCACAUAGCACGUGCAGUGUGUUGCAGCAGGAAUGUGCAGCACAGCAAUAGAAUCCUUCCAAAGCAGGGAGGGUCCCCAUGAACUGCAAUUCUCUGCUGUGUGAUUUGUGCUCUGUGAGUCCCAUGAGUGGAUUUUAAAGGGAAAGCUUUGGGCUGGAGCUCAGCCUUUGGCAAGCAGUUAGAUGAGCUCGCGUGGCCUGAGCUCCAUCCCCGGGUGGGGACCCUGCAGAGCCAGCACCGCGCUGCCCUGAGGUGGGAGCCGAGGUGGCACGGGAUGAAGAGGAGCUCUGCAGCCACAGUCCCUCGCCCCAUCCUCUCCUCCUGCCUGCUUGAGGCUCGCACACCCGUGGUACCGCCGCCGUCCCUUCCAGCCCCACCCGUGCCCCCGGGGCAGGUGCCACACGGCGCCAUGAACACGGGGCUGGGGCCGUAACGACCCCGAGCCUCCAGCAGAACCCUCCGGGGACGUCCUGCUCCACCGUCCACUCCCCCCGCUGCCGGGCUGCCUGCCCUCCACGCAGGAGACGAGGGAUUUCACAACCCAGCCCAGACAGGAUUAAAGAGAAAUACACAAGUAAACAAACAGCGGCCUUGUGAAGCGGCCGUGCUGCGGGAGCCCCUCUGCUGCCCAGGUUCAAACAGCCCCUGUCAGAGGAAAGGAGUUGCUUCCUGUUAUUUCCAUUGAAAUCCUUGUCCCGGUCGCUAGCCCGCAGGCUCCAGCAGGAUGGCACCGUAUGCGCAGAUGGGCUCUGGCUGCCUCUCCCGAGGGCUCCUGCUGCUCUGCGCACUGCUGGUCCAUGAGUUCUGCCGAGCGGGUGCCACGGCCGAGAGCUUUGGGCAGGAGGCAAGAACAACCCCAGCGGCCAGAACAACCCCAGUGACGCGUGUGUUCAACUUUACGGCUGAGAUGUUGGAGGUGAUCUACACCAACUUGACACAGCGCUGCUGGGAGUCCUUCGAGCAGCUGAUGCAGAACGUGAGCGGUUCCCAGCUGUGCGAGUGGAAGGUCAUCAGCAGGCCGUACAGCUCGUUGCGGCAGUGCCUGGAGGAAUGGGCCGAGAGCCUGAAUUACGGCUACCCCAACGCCUUGGCCGAGACCUACAUCUUCCAGAGCCACCACCGCUACUUCCACAACUGCUCGGCCGGCAGCCAGGUCUACCUCGACCCCCCCGAGGACGUGCUGCUGGCCAUGAUCAUCGCCCCCAUCUGCCUCAUCCCGUUCCUCGUCACGCUGGUCAUCUGGCGCAGCAAGGACGGCAAGGCGCAGCCGUAGCUGCCGUGCACGGCCCCGUUACCGUGCAAGGCCCCAUUACUGUGCAAGGCCCCGUUACCGUGCAAGGCCCCGUUACCGUGCAAGGCCCCGUUACCGUGCACGGCUCCGUUACCGUGCAAGGCCCCGUUACCGUGCAUGGCUCCGUUACCGUGCAAGGCCCCGUUACCGUGCACGGCUCCGUUACCGUGCAAGGCCCUGUUACCGUGCACGGUCCCGUUACUGUGCACGGCCCCGUUACCGUGCAAGACCCCGUUACUGUGCAUGGUCCCUUUACCGUGCACGGCCCCGUUACCGUGCACAGUCCCGUUACUGUGCACGGCCCCGUUACCGUGCACGGCCCCGUUACUCCGCACUGCGGGGCUGUGCUGGGCGGGGAUCCCGGGGAUUGUUAGGCUUCCCCGGUACCGCGCAGUAAAGCUUUGCUCCCCACA